AUGCCCGCCCCAGACACCACUGCUGCUGCCCGCCGCAGCGGCAGGCGCAAACCCGACUUAAACAUCGACACUUCCUCGUCGCCGCCGCCGCCUCCCCCGCCACCGCGUGCUAGAGACCGGGACCGCAACCGAGACAGAGACAGAGACAGAGACCGGGACCGGACCCGGGACAGGGAUAGGGACCGAGACAGAGACAGAGAGGGGGACAGAGAAAGAGACAGAAACGCCCUCCCGCAUACGCCCACCGGCGAUUCUCCCACAGGCGGCCGAGCGGCGCUGCAUCUGCAGCCCGAGGGCCAAGGACGGGACACAGCCGACAUUGAGACAUUCCUCGAGGGCCUCACCCCCGUCGACAUCCCGAUCGGCAUGUCCAACAAAGAAAACGACCGCCCCGAACCACACCGCCCCACCGCCCGCGAUUCGCACGACCUCUCGCUGUCCCCGCGCCAGGUUACACGCGACUCGCUCGUCACCAACAUGCUGCUCUCGCUCGACCAGCUGUCAAUGGGUCAGGUCGGCACCACGUUCGGUCCCUCGACGUCUGCUUUUGACGAGCCCGCCAUCUACCCGUCCUACAACGACGACUCCCGUGCCAUGACCUUCAAUUCGACCUUCAAUUCGAGAUCAGCCCGCGCCAACGGACACGGGUACUCGUACAGCUCCGAUUUUGAGGGCGCCGACGACGCGAGCAGGAUAUCUUCGAGGGGCCGUCGCAGCAAUAGCAGCUCCGGGUACCAACCGGGAUUGGGCCGCAUCAACAGCAUGCGCGAGAUCUCACAGCGCAGUCCGGGGCGCGCGCUCCACUCCAGGGGCGGCAAGGGCAGCAAGAGCAGCAGCACGACGAGCGUCGAUGCAGGAUACGCCCAAGUCUUGGGCAGCCAGCGUUGGGCCCGCGGUUUUGGCGGGAGGUCGUCUAGCUUUGACGGGGAACAGCGCCCCUCGCCCGCCCCGUGGCAGGUCGAAUUCCCCAACUCAUUUUUCAACGACGGAUACGACGCCGCCCCGACCCCGACUGUGCCAGGCGGGCCACGCAAGCUCACCACGGCUCCGUCAAUGCCUGUAAUGCCUGUGAUGCCGCCGUCGGAAUCCAGAACGGGCCCGAACUCGCCUGCAAAGGUUGCUGGCCCAGAACGACGGCGCAGUACCCGGUCCUCGAGGAGCGCUACCGUCGGCCGCAAGCCCGAACCCAAGUUCAACCCAUUACGCGAUGCACCGCCGCUCCCAGUCCUCGAUCUUGACUCGGCACCCGCCCCACAUGUCGGGUAUGAAAAGGCAAAGGAUGUGCUCCCGCCGUCAUCCAUGAGCGUGACCCCACAACCGAAAGAGAAACAAGGCUUUUUCAGGCGCAUGUUCGGGUCGUCCAAAACGGCCGUAUCGAGUGCGGCCUCUUCGCCCCAGGUCUCGACCUUCUCGCAGCCCAAAUCCUCCACCCCGCCACCCCGCGAGUCACAACAACCGACCGCUCAUACGCUGCAAAAGAAGACAUCCUCCUUCUUCCGGAGGCGGAAGCACUCGGUUACGGAUACGGAACCGCCACCGAUGCCGGUCGUGCCCGUGGUCAAGCUCCCUCCUGAUAGGGUCGAGGCACUCUCUGCAAAGCCCGAGCCGAGCCCCAUCACCAGCCUACGCCGGGCCAUGGACCCAUUUUUGCAGGAAAGCCCACUCUCCUCCUCUGUACAGACGUCUGCCGACAUCCCGUUGCCUUCCAUUGAGCCCCACGAGGCUCAGGAUAACACAGGGCGGAGCGCCGUCGAAGAGGAUGAGAGUCGCAUGCCGAGGGGUUUCUCGCCCGACUAUGAGCCGAGCCCGAAAGCCGUCAUUCGCAAAGUUGACCCCGAGCCUACGGGGCCCCGUCCCGCCGGCACUCCAACCCGUCAGCCUGCAGACACGCCUGCGGAUUCGCCGCCCAAAUCGUUCCUGAGGGACAACAGCGACAGCGAGGACAGCCCCGUGCGGCAGCGCAAAACGCCGCGUUCUGAGCCCCGUGAGAAGGGCCUUAAACCGGAGCCGCGGCCAGAUGGCCGCUCACGAUCACCCUCACCCGCCGUGUCCAAGUCCAGGAGCGUCCCCAAUCUGAACAGGGAGGCCCGAUUGUCGGCGCGGGCGGAGCCGAAGCUGUCGCCAUCCAUUCCGGCCGACCGCCGGGAUUCCAACACACUCGGCCUGACACCCGAAGUUGGUGGUGGAAUCAUGUAUAAGCAUAGUGUGCCGAGCUUGCGGAUCGACAGCGCGGAGCCCAGCCCGAAGGGCAUGGGGACCGGUGAGUCAGUUAGCCAGUCGGCCAAGUCGAUUGACGAGCCCGAGGUUGUGGUCGGCGACCCCACCGAGGAUGAUCGUCAAAAGGCACAAAAGAUAUUUGAAGGCAACGAGGAGUUCAUACAGAAGGACAGAGCAGCAGCCUGGAUGGGCGAGGAGGGCAUCGUGCGCCAGCGGACCCUGCGAGCCUACAUGGAGCUCUACGACUUUGAGGGCCAGAGCGCCGUGGCCAGCUUGCGGCAGGUGUGCCAGCGGCUACUCCUCAGAGCCGAAACGCAGCAGGUCGACCGCAUCUUGGUCGCCUUUUCGAAGCGGUGGUGUGACUGCAACUCCAACCACGGCUUCAAAUCUACCGACGUCAUUCACACCAUUUGUUAUUCGAUCAUCCUGCUCAACACCGAUCUCCACAUGGCCGACAUCGACCACAAGAUGACCAGGAGCCAGUUCAUCAAGAACACCAUGACAACCAUCAGGCAGGCUGUCCUGGACUCGGUCCCCGAUGCGUUCGAUCGGCCCAGCAUCCUCCCGGGUAAGGGAAAUUUGGAUGGUGAUAGCCGCACAUCCGACGAGUUCAAGCACAACAGCUUCCGAGCAUCUUUUAAACCGCCUGCGCGGCCUAAUUCGGCCCUGGGCGUCUUCUCCGACCAAGCACCGGGCGAGAGCUGUGGCCCGCUUGUCAAAUCGCCGUUUGACGGGCCGCUCCGCGCCUGGGAGAACCAGGUCGAAAUUGUGCUCAAGGACAUCUACGCUUCGAUUCGCGACGAUCGCCUGCCGCUCUUUGGCGCCGACUCUACCCCGCAGACCCCCAGCAGCCUCUCGGUCAUGGGAAUGCUUAAGCGGACGCCCAGUGUGCUAAGCAAAGCACCAUCGGAGAGCGUCGCGUCUAGUCGGGGGAGGGUUUCCGAAGUGGCCAAGGCGAACUCGUCGAGGUGGAACUCCAAGAGCCGCUCCCGGCCGAGAGGCUUUAACACCGGCUUCUCAUCGAGUAGGACUAGCUUUGAGGAUGGCAACUCGGUCUGGACGCCCACCGACUCGUCUGCAACCUGGAGCAAGCUCUCGCUCGGCAGAACCCACACGUCCAUGUCGAUGGACUCCUUCGGCUCAUCGUAUCCCCGCGGCGACUUCCACCAGUCGAUCGGCUUUGCCAAUGCGCUGAGCCAGGCCAUCAUCCGCGAGGACAGCGCGCUCGAGUCGCUCAAGGACGAGGUUAAGAGCGAGCAGCUGCUCGAGGACGAGUCCUUGGAGCUUGCUGGCCCGCCCUGGGUCAAGGAGGGUAUCGUUACCCACAAGCACCAUCUUGACGGCAUCGACAAGCGGGCUCGGGACCGCAACUGGCAAGAGGUGUUUGCUGUCAUCCAAAAGGGGCAGCUAAGCCUCUUCUCUUUCACGCCAAACAAGUCCCUCCGCCACAAGAACCGCCGGGGACUGGGCGCGAAUCCACCCAAGGGCGCCGUGGUCGGCGGCGGCAACUGGCAAGACAACGCCACCAACCAGGGCACCUUCUCGCUCCGCCAAACCCUCGCCUCGGCGCUCCCCCCACCGGGCUACUCCCGCGCUCGCCCGCACGUCUGGGCCCUCUCCCUCCCCACCGGCGCCGUGCACCUCUUCCAGGUCGGCACGCCCGAGAUCUGCAAAGAGUUCGUCAGCACCGCCAACUACUGGAGCGCCCGCCUCAGCACGCACCCGCUCGUCGGCGGCAUAUCCAACAUCGAGUACGGCUGGAGCGACGCCAUCAUCAAGAGCGGCACGACCGCCUCCACCACCGCGGCCGCCAACGACAGCACCACCAGCGUCAACGGACGCCCGCCGAGCAGCGCCAAGGGCCACUCCCGGCCAGGCAGCGCCGUCAAUGCCGCCGCCGUCGCAGCCGCCAACAUGGCCGGCAUCGGCCGCUCAUCCAUGCAAUCCGGCCGUUCCAUCCGCUCCGCCUCAUUCGACUUCGCCGUGCGCCCGGGCUCCGGCUCCUCCGGCGUCCUCGGCGGCACCCUCCCCCGCCACCUCACCAACACCUCCACGCACAACCACCACCACCAACCGCCCACCGGCGGCGGCGCCCCCUCCUCCUCCUCCUCCCACCACAAGCUCCCCGGCGACCGGAUCCACAUCACGGACUGGACGCCGCCCACGCAAUCCAUGCGGCCCUCCCCGCUCGCCGAGCCGGAGCAGCUCGACUCGCUGCUCGCGUACGUGCGCUCCAUCGAGGCCGACCUGCAGGCCCACAACGCGCUGCGCUCCCCCAUGCUCGGCGCCUUCUCCCCGCGCAGCGCCAACGCCGCCAAGGCCAUGACCAACUGGGAGCGCAAGAGCGAGUACCUCCUGCGCGAGAUCGUCAAGUUUCGGACGUAUGUCGAUUGUCUGAGGGGGGCGGGGGAGAGGAAGGCGGAGAUUUAUCGCGAGCGGGAGGGGGUGAGGCGCGCGGCGAGGGGGGAGGUGGAGGAUGGGGUUGAUGAGGAGUUGGGUAGGAUAUGGGUAUGA